UCCAGGGACUUUAAACCCUAUCGGGACAUUCAUUGAGGAAGUCCAUGGCCGAGAAUAAGCUUAACCUUGGUUCGCCACUUGGGCUCGGGAGCCUAAUUUUGGCCACCGGUCUUUCAGAGCUCCGUUCGGAAUGUGGAAGGUGCCAGUUUUGCGGGCAUCUCAGUAAUGGCCAAAGUGUGAGAAGUACCGUCGGUGACUGUAUCUCCUGCCUUACUGUGAAUUCUGUCGCUUUCCCUUCUCGCUGACGAUGUUCCCCAGUCGGUCGUCUUUGUUUGGAAAGACCUCGGCCCCGUCGCAUGCUACAGGGGACGCAAAAACGCCAGUGCAAUCGCACGUUGCUGGAGAGCAGUCCUUGGGCGCAAAGCAAAGCUCAGCUAGCGGAGAGUCUUCCACGAAAGUCCCAGAUAAACCAUUCCAGCUGAACUUGCAGCACCACCGCAGUCUAGAACGCACGGCAGGAACAGAGAAGCAAAGGGCCGAAAAUCCAUACAGGAGGGCUAGCGAAGGGUCGCCUUUCACUGGAGAACUACCGGUCUAUGUCUAUGCGGCGCUGGCGUCGUUUGAAGAGUCCGCGGAAGGUGUCGAAGACGCUUCGGAACACAGCAGUCGGACGGUUGAUGCCGGCGAGGAUGAAGAUGCAAAGAUAAUAGAGAGGCGGAGAUUGUUUCGAAAGACAUCAACAGAACAUACCAUCAUCAAAGAUCUGGAGGAGAAUUUCGCCCGGGGUUCCUCUUCUGGUGCCUUGGCUGUGACUGCAGCGACGUCAAAGCCGCCAUCUCGGCUCUCUCGGUCUAGCAGAGGGGACGAAUCCGCGGACUCGAUAGGAUCCCAACGUGCAACGACAAUCCCUCAUGAUGCAUCCUCUUUAUCGGCGAAUGGCGUGCCGGACCCUUCCGCGCAUCGCUCCUCCAUCACGCAACUGCAGGAAAAACUCGCAGAGUCGGGGGCGGGGUUGGACGACUUGACGACACUGCAGGACCGGCUGCGGCGGUUGAAGGAUCGGUUAGGCGAUCAUUCGGCGUUUGGGAGCAUGGGCGGGAUGGCGCCACCAGGUGUCUUUAGCCACGCAAACUCGCAACGGCAUGGGUCACUUGUGCCGGCGGAACCUCUGCUCUCCAUUCUGAAGAAUCCCACACGAAAUGGCUCAAAAUCUGUACAGGGCGUGGCCCCGGUGCCCGUUACGGUGGCGAUAUCGGAACCGCAAUACAAAAUCCAAGCAACCCACGCUAGGAGCGAAGAUCUUCUUUCACGGGGUUCCGAAGUUGCCAAGAAAAGGGGCGUAAAAAACGGUACACCACCCUCGGCCGCCCAUUCCUACGACUUCCUCGAACGUGGCGCGAGCCUCCCCGCGUCUACGCACCCAUACUCGAUACCGGUGAUCCCGCAGACUCCGCCGCGGGUGGAAGGGACAUUACCUGUGUUUGUGUAUUUGGAGGAUGAUACGUGCAAUAUGUUCACCGUGACACCGAAUACGACAAUCAAUGAGGUUAGGAUGAGCGCGUUGUCGCAGCUCGGCGUUUCCGACGCUAUUGAGAGCUUCUCGGUGUUUUUCAUGGUGAAAGGCGUCAAUGGUGAGCUGAAGGGCGUCACUCUUUGCACAUCAUUACAUUAGAAACUAUUGAAGGAUAUGAUAUCUGAAAAUUCAUGCUCCUUCUCACCUGCAUCCCUACUCUGCGUUCAGGUGAACCCCAAGAGAGCCGCGUAGACCCCAACAUCCCCGUCGACCACCUCAGCCUGCCCGCCCCCGAAACAAUCAAAGUCCGCCUGCGCCGGAAAUCCGCCGUCCGCUGGUCCGUGCCCAUCAUCGUCGACGAACGCGUCCAGCGUCAACGAUGGGUGCUGGUGGAAGAGAGCACGAAGGUGGAGGAUAUCGUGAAGCUGCUGUAUACGAUUGAGAGGAAGGAUGAUACCGAGUCCUGGUCGCUUUUCGCGUCGGGUGGGUGGGAACUAUGUUUGGAAGACGUGGUGGGUCUGACCAUUGGCUCUGACGUACGGAUGUGAAAUUUAGGACCCUCGAAUACUGGGGCGUUACGGCCUGAUGAAACGCCUUUCAGACCAUGGGUGCGCGAUGAGCGCUAUUAUUUCCGUCAAUCGG